ACAUCUGGGCCGGUGGGGAGGGAAAGCAAAAGCAAGCGGAGUUGCUGCGGGUGUGAGUGUGCGCACUCGCUCGGAUGGUCACUUAGCGUUUGCUACUUCCGAGCGACGCGCAGCGCGAAGGGCAGUUUAUAAACCCAAGUCGGUAGCGCGCAGUUCAGGUCCAUAAAGAGGCGCGCCUCGAGGCCAAGGCGCCCUGGCUGUGCUGACGUCCUUUUUUCCCGGCUACUCUCUAGGCCGGCGUUGCGGGUUUCCCGCGCUCUAAGGCUCGCUUUUUUGCAAAGCGCGCCGCGAUGGGCAGCCGCGGCUUUUGGCGCGCUUCGCGGUUGCUGCUGCUGCUGCUGCUCGUCGGCGCGCUCGUUUGGUCAGCUCCAGCGGCCGCCGCUCACUACGAGGCGGACGAAGGCGAAGACCUGAUGCGCUCCUUGGCUUUCGAGGAGGAGAACCUGGCCGAAUUCGCCAGGCACCGAAGCUCCCCGGCAGCUUUCUAUCGGAGCAGUAAGGAGUCAUGGCGCUUAUCUGGACAUUAUAUUGUGGUGCUCAAGGAAGAAACCCUUAAACCCCAAGCCCUACAAACUGUCAAGCAUUUGCAAGCCAGAGCAGCCAAGCAUGGCUACAUGACCAAAAUCCUACAUAUCUUUGAGGAGCUAAUCCAGGGCUUCGUUGUCAAGAUGAGCAGCGAUGUGCUGCAUAUGGCUUUGAAACUCCCACAUGUGGAUUACAUAGAAGAGGACUCUUACGUGUUUGCUCAAAGCAUUCCUUGGAAUCUUGGCCGGAUUGUCCCAGAACAGUACAUGCUGAAUGAGUAUAAUCCCCCCAACGCUGGUGAACUGGUUGAGGUUUAUCUGCUAGAUACCGGUGUCCAGAGCACCCAUCGAGAAAUAGAAGGCAAAAUAUUUGUGACUGAGUUUGAGAAUGUCCCUGAAGAAGAUGGCACUCGCUUUCACCGCCAGGCCAGUAAGUGUGACAGCCAUGGGACCCACAUGGCAGGUGUAGUGAAUGGAAGAGAUGCUGGAGUUGCCAAAGGGGCCAAUGUCCGCAGUCUGCGGGUGCUCAACUGCCAAGGAAAAGGCACCGUAAGCGGCACACUGAUUGGACUAGAAUUCAUUGCAAAGACCCUGGCUGUCCAGCCCUACAGUCCCCUGGUUGUUUUGCUCCCCUUGGCUGGCGCCUAUAGCCGCAUCCUGAAUGCCGCUUGUCGUUGGAUGGUGCAGAUGGGAGUAGUUAUGAUAGCUGCAGCAGGCAACUACAAAGACGAUGCUUGUCUAUACUCCCCAGCAUCAGAACCAGAGGUUAUUACAGUUGGAGCAACCAAUGCCCAAGACCAGCCUGCAUCUAUGGGGACUUUGGGAACCAACUUUGGACGUUGCAUAGACGUGUUUGCUCCUGGAGAUGAUAUCAUUGGUGCCUCUAGUGACUGCAGCACCUGCUUCACAUCGCAGAGUGGGACAUCCCAAGCAGCUGCCCAUGUCGCAGGUAUUGCAGCCAUGAUCUUGAAUGCCAAUCCUGCCCUGUCCAUCUCCGAGCUGAGGCAGAAACUGAUCCACUUUUCUGUCAAAAACCUUAUGAACGAGGCUUGGUUUCCAGAAGACCAGAGGCUGUUAACACCAAACAGAGUGGCUGGGCUUCCCUCCAAAAUUUUAGCAGAGGAACAACUGUACUGUCGCUCUGUGUGGUCUUCCUUGUCUGACUCAACCAGUGCAGCAACAGCUGUUGCCCGAUGCAACAGCGAUGAAGACAUGUUCAGCUGCUCAAGUUUAUCAAAGAAUGGCAAGCGGCGAGGGGAGCACAUUGAGGAUAUUGGAGGCAAGAAGGAGUGUGUGGCUCACAACAGAUUUCGAGGCCAAGGUGUCUAUGCCAUAGCCAGGUGUUGCAUUUGGCCCAAGGCUGACUGCCAGGUUAAUAGCCAUUCACAGACCACAGAGGGCACAGCUAUGAAAAGUGUUAGCUGCAUCAAAGAUAGCCAUGUUUUGACAGGCUGCAGCAUCCAUUCUCUGGCUGGAGAUCUCAAUGGCGGCAUCAAAGCUGUACACCAGGCAGACAGUAGCCGGGCCCACUGUGUAGGCCAAGGAGAAGCAACAGUGCAUGCUUCCUGCUGCCAUGCACCCAGCCUUGAGUGCAGAGUUCAGGGACAUCCUCCCUUGGAAUACUCAACUAAGGUGAUGGAGACCUGUGAUGAUGGCUGGACUCUAACUGGAUGUAAUGCCCAGUCACAUAGCUUCAACACUCUUGGGGCAUAUUCAAUGGACAACACCUGUGUUGUAAUCGGCCGACCAGGAAGCAAAGGAGCAACCGCAGUUGCCAUCUGCUGCAGAAAGAGACUCUUAGAGGAUGAGAAGCAAAGUUCCAGUAACAAAUGACAAUUCUACCUUUCUCCCCCUCCAGCUAUCCAAAGGUCUCACAAAUUUUGACAAUUGCCAUAUAGGGUCACACUGGCAAACACGGUAGUCCCUAGAGCAGGACUCCAAUACAGUUUGGGAUUACUUGUGAUAGCCUUAGCACAACUAUUUCAGAUACUGCAAUUGUGCAAAACGUUGUCCCUCUAGCAACAUUCCCAUUGUUGUUAUCAAGAGAUGGGUGUCGUUGAUGUCUCAGUAAUAUCAAUUAAGCUACAUUUGUAAAAUAUCUUUGAUCAAUCAUUGUACAUGAUUGUUCAACAACUUUUUAGUUGCAAUCAGUGACUUCCAGGCUUUUUAGAAUAUCUAUUUUGUCAACCAUCCAUUAGUUCAAUGCAUUAUGCUUAUAGCUGCGUAGAAGGCUAGGGGAGGAGCAGGCAGAAGAAUGAAGAAGGUAAAAGUUUGUGUAAUUCUUUAGCUUGGUCACAACCUUUCAUUGGUUGAACUAUAACCAGAAACGUCCGUGUAUAUAUGAGUGAUGCUUAAAAGUGUAAAAGGUGAAAGUAUGAAUACUCUAAAUCUGCCCAGGAUAGCAGAUUAAUUGCAGAGCAUACUAAUUAACAUUAUAUCCUCUUUAAAAUAUUUUUAUAUAGUAAGUUGUAUGGUAAUAUUUUGCAGCAAACAUAGGCAAACCAUGGGCUGUAUUAACCCUUCCUUCUAAAGGCCCCAUGCAAUAAAUAGAGUAUUCUUUGUAGUUAAACUGUUACAUAACAAUUUAACUGUUUAAUGCUUUAAAAGGAAACAGGCAUACCUGGGAAAUAUUGCCGGUUCCUUUCCAGAUCAGCAAAUAUUGCAAUAAAGUGAGUCACACAAUUUUUUUUGGAGGGGGAGGGGGAGGGUUUCUGACUGCAUAUAAAAGUUAUGUUUGCACUCUAUGUGUAUAUUACUAUGUCUAAAAAAACAGUGUACAUACCUUAAUGAAGGUUCUUUAUUUGUUCGACGAAGGGUUGCCAUAAGCCUUCAAUUUACUAAAAAAAUGCAGUAUGUGCAAAUUUGAAUAAAGCAAAACAAUAAAAUAAGGUAUGCCAGUAUUCAAAUACAAUUUGAUAAGAGUUGGGAAGCGUUUCUCCUGCUUCUGCUCACUUCUUGAAAUUCUAUGGUUGUUGCUGCUCUCAACUUGAAAGAGCCUGGUCAUCUAGGGUCUAGAUCAGGGGUGGUUGCAUUGUGUGCUGGCCAUGACCACCCCCGGUUUAGCAAAGGGGGAAAAAGUUGAGAUAUGUCACUUGACGUGUCGUCGUAAAUUUGACAACCCUGAUCUAGAUUGUACACAUUACUGUUUUCUGUCAUCAUUCUCCAAUGCUAUUAUACAAAACUGCUUAACAAUGGGUUGUAACCGGUCUGAAAUAGGAUUUUAUCCUAUUGUAUACUUAUACUAACUUUUGAGAAGCAGAAAUUUCUCCUCUUUCAUUUCACACAGGAAACAAUUACUUUAAUUGUAUUACUUAACAUAUUAAAAUUAUUGUAAAUGAACUGUGUUAGUUUCUGUAGCCAUGAAUGGAGGAAGCUCUGCAAAAAUGCGAGCAGUUUUCUCUAAGGAGACUGGAUCAAUGUAGAGAAUUACUAGUCUCCUAGAUAUCACUGAAGCAUAACUCUCAGCUCCAUCCUUUUAUGAUGAGGAUUCUGAAAAAUACUGGAACUGUAGCUGAAAAAAAAUUAUCAUUGGGCCCCAGGAAAAGUACUGGAUCAAUGAAAAAUAGUUUUAUACAAACAAACCUGAAGCUUUUAAAAGCGCUGAAGAUUUAGGACUCCUGCAUGAGUGGCCUUAAGGCAACCAUGAAACAAAGUACACGCUGAGUAACUCGCACCAAACAGUGUAGUUUCCUAACAAAAUGUUUGGUAGCAACCAUUUAAAUUGGCUUUUUAAAGUAAGCUAUUACUAUCAUCUAAAUAUCUUUCCCUCUUACCAAAUGUUUAAUUGCCUAUGUAAUUGAAUCUUUAACCAUGUGUAUGUCAAAUUACUAGGUAAAAUUAUUUUUAACUAAGGGACCAUAUACAUAUUUUCUUAAAUGUAAGUUUAGUUCAAAGUAAAUGUAUAUUGGAGCCUGUUGCAUUUCUGCUUUAGAAAGGGCAAAAAACACCGAAUCGUGAAUAGAAUAAACUGCAUGUGAUUCUUUAUAUGUUGUUUUGAAGUUAAUACUCAAAUUUAUUAUCUACUGUAAUUGCUUGAGAAGGUUUCUUUGUGCUGUGGAUUUUACAUUUUUAUCUGGAAUAUAUUUAUUCUGUUUUAUAUAACAUUUUAUAAAGCAAUUUCUUUUUGAAAUAAAGUUUCAUACAAUUUUAA